UUUUCUACUACUACUACUCUUCAUCUAAAAAAACAAGAAAAAAAAUCAUCUCCAAAAGUUAUAAAAAAAAAUAAAAAAUGUCUCAGAUUCAUCCACGUCAUGAGCAGCACCACCAGCUGUCACGCCAGGUGGCUAAGACCACCACGGCUGUGACAGUGGGUGGUUCGUUGAUGGUGCUUUCUGGGCUGACUUUAGCAGCAACUGUGAUUGGGCUUGUUGUGGCUACACCUUUGUUGGUUAUUUUUAGCCCGGUUCUUGUACCUGCUGCCAUUACGAUUUUCAUGAUACUUGGAGGGUUGUUGGCUGCUGGAGGGUUUGGUGCUACUGCCACUUUUGUUUUCUACUGGAUGUACAGGUAUACCACAGGGAAGCACCCAAUCGGAGCAGAUAAGAUAGAUUAUGCAAGAGAUAGACUAGCGCAUGCAGCCCAUGAAAUGAAGGAGAAAGCUGAGCAGUUGGGCCAUCAGGCCCAACAACAGGUCAAGGGUACUUGAAUGGGCCAGAGAGUAAAUGCUUGUUUUAUCCAUUGCAUGCCAGAUGUACUUUUUCAGUUAAUUUGUUUCUGUCUUAGUUCUGUGUUCAGUGUCCGAUAUCCUAUCUCUUCGUUGGUGAUGAGUCAUGUGUUGUUGGAUUUUGUGGUAGAGUUUAUGAAUGACCCUGUAACCACAUUUGCUUUUGGCUUAAUGGGUCAUGUAUGUGCAUUGUUUACUUGUCUUUCGUGGUUUGCACCAAGUUAAUUCCAUGGUACACUUUGUUA